UGCUGGCCGGUCUGAGCGGUGCUGGGCCGGUUUACCAUGCGUCAGCCAUAUUGGACCCAUCCUUCUAGGAUGCGGUGGUGUUUUGGUGGUGGGAACAGAAGAGGGAGUAUUCCGGCUGUGGACACCAGAAACUCAGACCCCCGCGGAGCUUUUAAAGGAGCCAAGGCACAGAGCUAACGGGAUCCACACACUAACGAAAUAUUCCGCAGCGACGGCGUUUCUGCAGAGACUAAUGCUUCUGGAAUAACUGAUGAAAACGAUGCGUAUACAGCAGUGGAAUUACUUCAUUGCUGUCUACGCAAGGUUGUGGGUCCGGCAAGUCCUAGCUAGUGCAUGCAGAGGGAGGAGCUUGGAGAAGGAGUUCCAUAGGUGCGUGCGGCAGAAACAUUUAGAUCUUACGAGGAUCUCCUACUACUCAGAAUAUGACCGACACCUAGCACCCACCAAAGGCAUGGCGGCAGCUCACGUGGACCCGAACCUGAACCAUGCCCUGGGCCAGGGCCCGAAGCCGCGCUACAGCGGUGGCGUGGAGCGGGCGGCCGGCACCCUGGAGCGUGUGCUCAAAGUCUUCCACUAUUUCGAGAGCAGCAGCGAGCCGUGCACGUGGGCCAGCAACAUCAGGCACGGGGACUCCACAGACGUCAGGGGCGUCAUCCAGAAGAUCGUGGACAUCCACAAGGCGCGGUGUGUGGCCUGCUUCGGCCUGCGGCUCAGCCACCUGCACUCCGGCGAGGUGCGCUGGCUCCACCCGGACGCAGGCGUGUCCCGCGUACGGGAGCGCUACGAGCGCAGCCACCCUCAGGACGAGUGGAGGUAUGAACUGCGGAUACGCUACUUGCCAAAAGGAUUCUUAAAACAGUUCGCUGAUGAUCAGCCAACUCUCAACUACUUUUACCAUCAGGUGAGAAGUGAUUAUAUGACGGAAGUGGCUGAUCAAGUUGAUCAAGACAUUGCACUUAAACUUGGCUGCCUUGAAAUCAGGAGGUUCUUCAGAGAGAUGCCAGGAAACGCCCUUGAUAAAAAGUCUAAUUACGAACUGCUAGAGAAAGACGUCGGCCUGAGGAGGUUCUUCCCCAAGAGUCUGCUGGACUUGGUCAAGCCCAAGUCAUUACGGAAGUCCAUCCAGCAGACCUUUAAGCAGUUUGCCAACUUCAACGAUGAACAGAGCAUCCUCAAGUUCUUCGAGAUCCUGGGACCCAUUUACAGAUUUGAUAAAGAGUGCUUUAAGUGUGCCCUCGGGUCCAGCUGGGUGAUAGCGGUGGAGCUAGCCAUCGGCCCUGAGGAGGGAGUCAGCUACCUUACGGAUAAAGGCUCAGCUCCGACACACCUGGCCGACUUCACACAUGUGCAGAGCAUCCAGUUUGAGGAGCAGGAGAAGAAGGGCAUCCUGCAGCUGGAUGUUGCUGGAGCAGCAGAGCCUCUAACAGUGACCACACCGACGCCGAGCGUCGCGGAGAACAUGGCCGACCUGAUCGACGGGUACUGUCGCCUCGUCAACGGGACCUCCCUGUCCUUCAUCGUCCGCGUGCAAAAAGAGGGAGAGCGAGCAUUGCCUUCAAUCCCAAAGGCUCCAAAAGCCUCAAACCACGAGAAGCGGCUGCAGGGGGUCAGGGCCAGGGCCGUCUCCAUCUCGGAUGAGAUUAGCGGGGAUGAGACAGAUGACUACGCGGAGAUCGUAGAUGACGAAGACACGUACACCAUGCCGUCCAAGUACUAUGGACUAGAUGAAGCCAGGGACUACGAGAUCCAGAGGGAGCGUAUCGAGCUGGGCCGAUGCAUAGGGGAGGGCCAGUUUGGAGACGUCCACCAGGGAGUCUACGUCUGUCCGGAGAGCCCUGCCCUGUCUGUGGCUGUAAAGACAUGCAAGAACAGCACAUCCGACAGCGUCCGCGAGAAGUUUCUCCAGGAGGCCCUGACCAUGCGCCAGUUCGAUCACCCACACAUUGUGAAGCUGAUUGGAGUCAUCACAGAAAAUCCUGUUUGGAUCAUCAUGGAGCUCUGCACUCUGGGAGAGCUGCGCUCCUUCCUGCAAGUGCGGAAGUACAGCCUGGACCUGGCCACGCUCAUCCUGUUCGCCUAUCAGCUCAGCACAGCGCUGGCCUACUUGGAGAGCAAGCGCUUCGUGCACAGGGACAUAGCCGCCCGGAAUGUGCUCGUGUCCUCGGCGGACUGCGUGAAGCUCGGGGACUUCGGCCUGUCCAGAUACAUGGAGGACAGCUCCUAUUAUAAAGCCUCUAAAGGGAAACUGCCUAUUAAAUGGAUGGCGCCAGAGUCCAUUAACUUCAGACGUUUUACCUCAUCCAGUGACGUGUGGAUGUUUGGCGUGUGCAUGUGGGAGAUCCUGAUGUAUGGUGUGAAGCCCUUCCAGGGCGUGAAGAACAACGACGUGAUCGGGCGCAUCGAGAACGGCGAGCGGCUGGCCAUGCCCCACAACUGCCCCCCGACCCUCUACAGCCUGAUGACCAAGUGCUGGGCGUAUGACCCCAGCAAGCGGCCCCGCUUCAACGAGCUGAAAGCGCAGCUGAGCACCAUCCUGACGGAGGAGAAGGUCCAGCAGGAGGAGCGCAACCGCAUGGAGAUGCGCAGGCAGGUGACCGUCGCCUGGGACGCGGCCGGGUCGGACGAGGCGCCCCCCAAAUGCUGGUUGCGUGACUCUGUCUAUGAGAGGGUGUAUAAGCCCAGUAGACCUGGCUAUCCUAGCCCCCGCUCCAGUGAAGGGUUCUACACUAGUCCUCAGCAUGUGGGCCAGCACAACCAUUAUCAGGUGGCCUACCCAGGCCCUCAUGCCAUGGCCUCCAUGCCCGGCGGGAUGUACCCCCCGCAGGCCGCUGGCCUGGGAAUCGACCCCCACGAUGGCCGGAACAUCCCCAGAGCCGCCCCGGACCACCCGAUGUGGAACCACAGCGUGGAGGAUGGCGCGGUGCUCCGGGGUGGUGUGGUGCAGCCUCUCCCUGCUCACCUGAUGGAGGAACAGUUGAUGUUGCAGCAACAGCAGAUGGAGGAGGACCAACGCUGGCUGGAGCAGGAGGAGCGCUUGAUGAAACCAGACUCUAGGAAUUCCAGAGGCAGUAUAGACCGGGAAGACUGCAGUCUCCAGGGACCAACAGGAAACCAGCACAUCUGCCAGCCUGUGGGAAAACCAGAUCACGUGCUUCCUCCGAAGAAGCCUCCCCGUCCAGGAGCCCCUGCGUACCCCGCCCCCGCGUCCUGCCUCGGCCCUGUGGACAGCUACAACGACGGAGUCAAGCCCUGGAGGAUCCAGCCUCAGGAGAUUAGCUCUCCCCCUACAGCUAAUCUGGACCGCUCCAACGAUAAAGUGUAUGAGAAUGUGACAGCUCUGGUGAAGGCCGUGAUAGAGAUGUCCAGCAAAAUCCAACCGGCUCCACCAGAGGAGUACGUACCAAUGGUGAAGGAGGUCGGCUUAGCACUGAGGAAUCUGCUAGCCACAGUGGAUGAGACAAUUCCCUUACUGCCAACUCACACACAUCGAGAGGUGGAGAUGGCUCAGAAGCUGCUAAACUCUGACCUGGCUGAGCUGAUCAACAAGAUGAAGCUGGCCCAGCAGUACGUAAUGACCAGCCUGCAACAGGACUACAAGAAGCAGAUGCUGACGGCGGCUCACGCGCUCGCCGUCGACGCCAAGAACCUGCUGGAUGUGAUCGACCAGGCCAGGCUGAAAAUCCUGGGCCGGGCACGGCAUUAGCGAUUUCCCCCCCCCCCAUCCCCAAGGCAGAGGGGGCUCCCAGCCAGGCAGCCCAUGCGGAGGGGCUUCCGCAGGACUCGAGCAAUUCGCGGCGGCCGGCCGCCCCGCUGCUGAACCGGCACGGGCUUCUGUGCCAGGACACCCGGGACGCUGCAAGGCUCCGCCCACGCCCAGUCUGGCAUGCUGCCAGAUGCCCGGGGGCCUGUGAGGACUCCGGAGGGCCGGUUUUGAAGGAAGCGGCCGCAUCAGACGCCAACGUUGGCGACAGCACUCGCCGUGGGGCCUGUGUGGCACUGACACAUUACGCUAAAGAGGAGGAGGAGCACGACGACUGGACUGAUGAAGUGCCACUGGAACGGAAAUCCCAGACUGUUGUAUAGGUCACCACAGAGCGGAAGACGUGCUCACACUGUAUCUACCAUUUCUGUAUCUGCCUGGCCAGCCUCCGCUCCAUGGCUAGACUGGACAGAGUCUAGAGACGGCUUUGCAGGGGCCCUGGAACACUCGCCGGCGCGGCAGAACUGAACAAGCGAAUCCAGCUCAGUUUCAGGGUGUUCCAUCUAGAUGCGGAGCAAGGGCUUCAUCUGCCCGUCCAGGACUCUGCAGGAGAGGAUUGUAUAUUUUGGCUAUGUGCCACUUAGGAAUAAAAUAAAGAUAUGACUAAAAUAAAAACAAACAAACAAACAACAACAAAAAACAACAACAGAGUGAAUGUCUCUGUGUACGCCUGUGACUGUUAUGGGUAGAGGAUUCGGUGGCUUUGCUAAAACCUAUUUGCAAAAGUAUACUUAUUUAUGGUCCACCAGAAGACUGAACAUGCUCAGAUCCAUAAACACAUAUCUUAAACCAUCUGUUUUCUCCUGAGUUUCCAUUCACAGAGUCCUAUAAUUUUCAAAGAUUUUACAGAACUUGUUUGCAGAGCAGAGGCAAAGACUGUGUGUCAUGUGUUAUUUUUUUUUAAGUAACAAACACCACACGAGUCUGUGCCCAUAGUGAAUCUCAAGAAUGUGCUGGUACCGACUACACAGAACAUCCUUCUGUUGUAAUGACUGCAUGUUUGUAUACAGCCCCUGUGUCGGGUUGCCAUUCACUGGAUUUUUGUCAUUCUAAAAUGACUUCAAGUGUAAAAAUGUUAACCGACUGAAUCAUAUAGACCUAAAGGUAUAAUUUGUCAUUUAUGUCUCUUUUACCAAAACUCAACAGUGCUCUA